UUACUGAGCUCUGUGAGCAAAUACUGCAUUUCCGUAUAUUAGUUAAGUGUGAUCAUUUGAUUCAUUUCAUUUUUCUCCUCAGAAAUGGGCAGAAAGCUAACCAUUGCCUGCUGUGCUCUUAAUCAAUGGUCUAUGGACUUUAAAGGAAAUUUGGAAAGAAUACUAAAAAGUUGUGCUAAAGCAAAAGAGGGAGGGGCAGCAUAUCGUCUUGGACCGGAGCUUGAAAUACCAGGUUAUGGGUGUGGUGAUCAUUUCCUUGAGAAUGAUACAGUGACUCAUUCAUGGGAAGUGAUAGCUGAACUCAUUAAAUCCUCCGACACUGAAGGACUCAUCUGUGACUUCGGAAUGCCAGUCCUGCAUCAUGGUGUACGGUAUAAUUGUCGUGUCAUCAUUCAUAAUACUAACAUUGUACUGAUACGUCCAAAGACUUUCCUUGCUAUGGAUGGUAACUACAGGGAGCAGAGAUGGUUCACUCCCUGGACUAAAACAAGAACCACUGAGGAGUUUAUUCUGCCAUCCAUUAUCACUGAUAUCACAGGACAGGUGACCACUGUUAUAGGAGAUGCUGUCCUUAGUACUUUGGAUACUCUUAUUGGCAUUGAAAUAUGUGAGGAGCUCUUUACUGGUCAGAGCCCACACAUACCAAUGUCACUCCACGGAGUGGAAGUAUUCAUGAAUGGAUCAGGCUCUCAUUUCGAAUUGAGGAAGUUGUACAAGAGGGUCAACGUGAUCCAGUCUGCUACUGCUAAAUGUGGUGGAGUGUAUGCCUAUGCUAAUUUAUUAGGUUGUGAUGGUGAUAGGUUAUACUUUGACGGUUGCUGUCUGGUAUCCCUCAAUGAUACAUUCAUAGCCCAGGGCUCUCAGUUCACAUUGGAUGAUGUUGAAGUCACCAUUGCCACUGCUGAUCUUGAUGAUGUGGUCUCAUUCAGAGGAUCAAUUGGCAGUAGAGGACCUCAGGCAUCAAAGGCAGCUCCCUACCCACACUGCCAUCUCCCUAUUAGCGUUUGUACUUCAAACCACGCAAUAUCGCGACCAAUCAGAUUGCAGUAUUUCAUGCCUGAAGAAGAGAUUAUGUUUGGUCCAGCCUGUUGGUUGUGGGAUUAUUUGAGACGGAGUGGUAUGGCUGGUUUCUUUUUGCCGUUGAGUGGUGGUAUUGACAGCUCAUCGACCGCUUGUCUUGUUGGAUCGAUGUGCGACCUUGUAAUGGACAAAUGUCACAAAGGAGAUGGCAGGAUGAUAGAAGAGGUUCGGACUCUAUUAUAUUUAAAAGAGAAUGAUCCAAUGCCUUCCAAUGGUAAAGAAAUGGCAAACAUGAUAUUUACAACUUGUUAUAUGUCAUCGAGUAAUUCUUCUCAAGAGACAAGAGGAAGAGCUCAGAAACUAGCAGAGCAGAUAGGAAGUAAUCACAUCGUGCUGUCUAUAGAUGACAUAGUGAAAGCUCAUUUAUCAGUUUUUGAAGGCGUUACUGGCGUAGUGCCCAGAUAUAAAGUAUAUGGAGGGACUCACGCUGAAAACAUUGCACUACAAAACGUUCAGGCUCGUAAUAGAAUGGUCAUGUCUUACUUGUUUAGUCAACUGGUUUCGUGGACAAGAGGAAAAGAUGGUAAUCUAUUAGUCCUUGGUUCAGCCAAUGUUGAUGAAAGUUUAUUUGGUUAUUUUACAAAGUAUGAUUGUUCCAGUGCUGACAUUAACCCCAUUGGUGGGAUUAGUAAAACUGAUUUGAGAGGAUUCUGCAAGUUCAUGUCGUAUCAAAAGUACCCAGCACUGAAGGAAAUAUUGGAGGCUCCUCCAACAGCAGAGCUGGAGCCAAUCACUGAGCAGCACAAUCAAACUGAUGAGGAGGACAUGGGUCUCACGUAUGAUGAAUUAUCUGAUAUCGGUCGAUUGCGUAAGUCACAGCAGUGUGGCCCUUACAGUAUGUUUAUUAAACUCUUGGACUUAUGGAAAAGGAAAUACCCACCACAAGAGAUUGCCGAUAAAGUGAAGCGUUUCUUUCGUGUCUAUUCCAUCAAUCGUCAUAAAAUGACGAUAAUAACUCCCUCAUAUCACGCCGAAAGCUACUCUCCCGAUGACAACAGAUACGACCUGCGCCAGUUCCUCUACAACACAAAGUGGGAGUGGCAGUUUUCCGCCAUAGACAGAGAACUGUUAAAGAUGAAAGAUGGCGAAGGAGAGAAAGCAACAGAAAGUAAUGAAAAGUUUGUUACUUCACAGGAUGAUCCUUCUACCAAGUUUCACACCUCAAUAUCUGAGGUUAACAAUUCCACUAAUCAUUCAAUACAUUUCACUGAGUCUCCCCAUCCAACGACAGAGUUCCAUACCUCCAUGGCUCCUCCAGGGGGAGCUUCGACCUACAAGAGGUCACAUGAUGUCUCCUCUCAUCUACUCCCAGACCCCAAGAGGUCACAUCACUAACUGAGUGACAUUCAUACCUUAGUUGCCUGAUUUUGGUUCCCAAAUAUUUCAUUUUGCAAAGUUAUAUUAUUUUUAAAAAUUCAUUGUAGUCCAUUAUGACUGACUGGUA